UUAAAGACUGCAAUCCAUGUUUCCAAACACUCCAAAUUUUUAAAAGUCCUAUUCAAGUCUCCAAACACUCCAAUUUUGUACUUGAGUUUUAAUAAGAUAGAUGAUAGGUAAAUACAAUAUGGUUGUCAUAAAUAAAAGCAUGCAUGCCCAUCUAAUUAAAGUUAAUCUGUGGCAGGAUUUAUAUGGGUUAUUAGUUGUUCUAUUAGGAUUCGUGCCCAAAAAAAAGUUAGUUCUAUUAGGACAAGGACCUUCACAUUGUAUUCCUAGACCGGACAUGAUUCAGUUGACCCAACCGAAGCAACUUCCAAGUCAUAGUCCAACUUCCAGAUUCAUUUUGGGUUUAAAGGUAAUCCUCACGUCAGAAUCUAUAUAACUAUUUCUACUUUUUCUAUCCCUCUUUCACUUUUCUUCUCGAUCGAUCCUACCUCCACGGAACGUCUUAUUUAAAAUCAGAACUUUCAGAAUCUUUUUUUGCCAUGACUCUGAAUUUAACCCAUAGAAACAGAGCUCUCUGUUUUGUCUUAAUAAUCUCCGUUAUCUUAUUCUGUUUCCCUCGCCGGCUCUCCGCCAGAAACCUCCCAGAUGAAUAUACAACAAAAGCAACUCAAACAAUAAAAGUCAGCAACGCCACGCGGCAUGAUUUCUCACGUCUUGUAGACGUCCAACUAGGCAGCCACGUCAGCGGCGUAUCCGAGCUCAAAAGAUACCUCCACCGUUUCGGCUACGUCAAAGACGACGGUAGUGGUAGCUCAAAGAACUUCUCCGACGUGUUCGAUGGCCGUCUCGAAUCAGCAAUCUCUCUGUACCAACAGAAUCUCGGUUUACCGAUAACCGGGAGACUCGACACGAGUACCGUCACCCUCAUGUCGUCACCGCGAUGUGGCGUUAGCGAUACACACAUGAUCAACAACGGCAUGCACGUGACGGCGCGUUACACGUACUUCGGCGGUAAGCCGAAGUGGAACCGCGACACGCUAACGUACGCCUUCUCGGAAACACACAAACUCGAUUACCCGACGUCCGACAACGUCAAAAUGGUUUUCCGACGAGCGUUCGGCCGGUGGGCGAGCGUGAUUCCGGUGAGUUUCAAGGAGGUCGAUGAUUACACGACGGCGAAUUUAAAGAUCGGGUUUUUCGCCGGCGAUCACGGUGACGGGAAGCCGUUUGACGGAGUCCUCGGGACUUUAGCACACGCCUUCGCGCCGAAGAACGGACGGGUCCACUUCGACGCGGCGGAGACGUGGGUCGUCAACGACGACUUCGGAUCAAAGGUUGCAGUUGACUUGGAGUCUGUGGCGACUCACGAGAUUGGUCACUUGCUGGGGUUAGGACACAGCUCGCGUGCGUCAGCGGUUAUGUAUCCGACUCUCCCGCCAAGGACCAAGAAGGUUGACCUUACGGUUGAUGACGUGGCAGGUGUACUCAGGCUAUAUGGGCCGAAUCCGGAGUUACGGUUGGAUUCACUGGCGGAGCUGAAAGAUUCUCUUCGAAACGGCGGCGUAUCAGAGAGAUUCUUGUCGGGGAAUGUUACCGGUUAUGCUCUGUUGGUUGUUUUGAUUCUGUUCCUAUAGGUUUAUAGAAAAAUAAAAAAAAUAAUGACUAGUGAGGAAAGUGAUAUUUUGGUUAUUUUCCAUUUGCCAUUGUGGCGGCUUUCUCUAAUGGAUUAUUAUUCUUUGAUUUACUAAAUACUUUGAGUUUGUGUACUUCAUUAUCGCAUAAAUUGAAAGAUGAAGAUGUUGUGGUCCACUUCUAAUCACACACCGCUUCAUCGGUGAAGGUUGAUCAUGACUUUAUAUAUUUUUGUUCCAAGUAAAUAUUAGUAAUUUUCAAUCAAUCUGUUGAAUGUUGAGUUGAAUAUACAUAUAGAUUUAGAGAAAGAAAAAAAAAUAUAUGCUCCAGAAAAUUUUCUUAUAGAUUUAGGCAGGUAUGCACAAAAUAUAUGUGUCCUAAUAGUCCCUAAAUUAGAGGAAAUAUAUCAAGAACAAUAUCAAUUUAUUUUAGUAAUUUUUAAGGGAUAAUAAUUCAAAAUAGAAGUUAAAAUAUAAACAUUUACAAAAUAAUUAUUGAUAAAACUGAAAGAAAAAAUUUUAUCACUAAAGUUUUUAAAAUCUAAAAUCUACUUCAGAAAUUUUAAACCAUAAACCAAUUAUCAAAAAGCUAUUUUUAAAACCACAAACAAUCCAAAGACUUUUUAUUAGAAAAGAAAAAUCAUAUACCAAAGUCUUGGUAAGAAAAAACAAGAUAACGAUAUAAUCUCGUUAAUCGGGACUCGGGAGAGAGCCAAUCUUAGAGGACUCUUGAAAUUGAGAGCGUGAGAGUGAGUUGCUGAUGAAUGCAUAUUUAGGCUCGGAUUGGUGACAUGUUGAUUUAAAGUUGAUUUACAAUAAAAGUUAUAACUUGAUGUAAAUUGCAGUAGAAACGAUAGAUUUAUGUUAUGAAUUCGCAGAAAAAAUAUGAGUUAUAAUUUUUUAUACUUAUUGAUUAGUAACGUUUUUGAUGUAUAAAUUGCAGUAUAUAUAUACAUAUAUAUAUAAAAUAUAAAUAUCAGUAAUAAUAACAUUUAACAAUAAUAACUUAACAUGUUAACAAAAAAAUUAUAAAUAAUAAUUAAAUUUAUUAUAAAAUUGAUUAAAUUUAAAAUAUAUUAAACUAAGUAAAUUAAAUUAAACUAAAAUUAAUGAAAUAAAGUAAUAUAAUUAUGUAAAUCUUCUACCAAAAUGUACAUAUAUAUAUUUACAUAUAAAUUUUUUUUUGACAACUUUUUUCUUGGGACAACAUUUACAUAUAAUUUAAUGUAUGUAAAAAACCUUUAGUUACCAAAUAGAUUUAGCAAUUAAAUUAUAGAAAUAAUCUUAGAUAGUUUAAAUAGAACUAAUAGUUUAUAAAUGGACUAACUAGUAAACAUCUAUAUAAAAUAAAUGUUCACGUGAGACAACUAUGAAUGCAUUUUUUUUUUAAAUGUUAAAGUUCAAAAAGUAACCGUAUGAUAACUGACUUAAAACCAAGAAAAAAACUAAUUCAACUUCUAAUACAUGGCAUUUUGUUUGAUGUUGAGUUAAGACUUGAGUUAUCAAUUUUUUCAAAGGGUUAACUCAAAAUUGUAACUCAUAUAUAAUACAUUGUAACUCAAAUACUAACUCAAAAAAAUAAAAGUAACUCAUGAAUGGUAACAUUUUUGAGUUACACCCCUAACUCAAAUUUAAUCAAUGGUAACUCAUGUCACCAAUCAAAGCCUUAUAUGCGUUUUUAUCACUUCACUACCCGCAUGGAGUAUUAUAGAAUAAUUAAAUUACAAAAUUGAUAGUUUUUUUGCUUUUAUUUAUAAAGUUUAGUUGUUUUGUAAUUUAUAAAUUUGAAAUAAAAUUUAAUUUUAAAUAAUAUUAGGUUAUAAUCUCAAUUAAACAUGUGCUUUUUAAUUUUCAAACAUAUAUAUUUACCUUUUCAGCUUUUAAUAAACUAAACUAGAAUAGCAAAAAAAAAAUUAGAAUAGUAAUUUCUUUUGUUUCGUUUUGUUGUACUAGAUAUAUAUAUAUAAUAUUCGUAAGAUUAUGUAUAUUGUGAUAUAUUUUUAGAAAAUAAAUAAACUUAAUUGUUGACUAGUUGGGAAGUACAUAAGAGUAAUUAUAGUAGAGGUUUUCAAUUUUAAAGUUUAAGUAUAUAUAUAUAACUCUAUUUAUAUUUUAUUAGAAGUAUUUUAAAAUCAUGAGGACUAUAUCUCAAAGAUUUUCAUUAUGAAAACUAUGAUCUUAAAACAUUCUUAUUAAAUUUUAUUUAUUGUUUAUAAUAUUUUGAAAACUCUUGUGAGAACUCUUUGUAAAAUUGCUCCUAUGAAUCACAAUCAUAUAAGUUAUAAGAAUUUAACAAAUUGUGCCUACUACAUUUUUAAAAUCUAACAGUUUUAACUCAAACAAAACUAAAUAUAUUUACUGCCAGAAAGGUAUAAAAAUAAAUCUGGUCUACAUAUAUAUAUAUAGAAAUUAAAAAAAACAUAUUUCUCUUUCAUUAAAUUAAAAUUAUAAAGAGAAUAAUUUCGUGAUUCUUUUUUUUGAAAGCAUGGAUCAGAAUCACAUUAUAUUCUCAAGGUUAUUUUCUUUUAGCUAAGUGAUUUCGGGAAAAAAUAUAAAGAAAAAAAAAAGAAAUUAGAAUUAUAAAUCUAAUUAAUUAAAAACUUGAUCAACCAAAAAGGCAGAUUGAUCGUUUUCUUUUUUUUUUGCAAAACAACGGCAUAAUUUUUAGAGCCGCAGGGUCAAGCCUGAGCUCCUUAAGAGUAUCAUUAUCUCAAAUACCCAUGUAGGGUCUCUUAAUUAUUUUUUAAUACUUUUAAGUAAUAAAUGUGUGUUAAGAGACUCCGUUAAGAGACUCUGUUAAGAGAUCCGAACAUUUAUGUGCUCCAAUGCAAAUCUCUUAAUUAAGAGUUUUUUAAAAAAAUUAUUAAAAUGUUUGAUAAGAAUGGUAGAAGGUGAAAAUGGAUUUUGACUUUGGUGAAUAAAAAGUUUGAUGAGAAUGAUAGAAGGUGAGAAUGGAACUUGUUUGGUGAAUAAAAUGUUUGUUGAGAAUGGAAGUUGUUUGGUGAGAAGUUGAGAUUAUGACUUUGUGAAUAAAAUGUGAAGCAAAUACAAGAUACAAAAGACAAACUGAAGCUGCACACAAGCAAAAAUAUAUAGAGAAGGUGAGAAGAUACCAGAUACAAAGAUCAGUGUGAAGACGUAGAGCACAACUCAAUGUUUCUAGGAUCAAAAGGUUAAGCAAAGAAGAAAACAAAAUAAGAACCUUAACGAAAUUGAGGAGUUUAGUAAAACGAAACGUGACAGCGAGUAUUUGAAUUGCUAGAGAGUAGUGGAAACUCUUUACGUACGCAUAAGGUCCUUGAGAAUCCAUUCUUUCUUCUUAUCCGCAUGUAUAAGCCUGAAGAGAUUAAUGCCCAUUUCAAGCCGCUUGCGUUUGUUAAGAUGUAAGACGCUAGUUUCCUAUUUUCAGGUGGUUCUUCGUAUCCUCGCCACUCGAACGUUUUGAGUUGGGGCAGUGAACAUUCAGGUAUGUUUACUUUUGUGUCGAUGAGACGCAUCAUGGGGAGUCUCGAAUGAUCCUAAGAACAACAUGUAAAAGAAGGCUAAUUUGGUUUUGUCGUUACGUUAAAUAUCAUGAUCCGGAAACUGUAUUUAAUAGAAUUUUUUGAUUACAUGAUGGUAGAGUUUGAGAGUUUGUAGCUUAGGGGAAGAAUCCACUUGAGAUAACUCGGCCAAUCUCGAUAACAUGUCCAAAAACUUAGAUGAUGAAGCUGGUUAAAGAUCUCAGUUGGUUUGUGCGGAACCUGCCAUGUCCAAUCAUAUAUAGCAUAUAUCUGCGGGAUAAAAAUGACAAAAUAUAAAAAAAAUUGUGGUACAUGUCCUUUUGGAGCAAUCAAGCAUAAGAGAGCUGUUUAACAGAUGUGAGAGACCCCGAAAGGUCCAGCAGAUCGGUUUGUAUUAAGAGCUUAAGAUCAGCUGUUACAAUGUGAGGCAUCUUUUGAAUGUUGCACAAUUUCAUCAAACACGCUUCCAUCUUCAAGUGCUUCAAAGGCGGAGUAUUCAA